GUGGGAGGGAGACUGGAGACCUGAGAUCUGCUGCAGGAAAACGGUUUCUCUGCUUUGCAAGAGAGAGAGAGAGGAGACACUAGCUCCGGAGUCACUCUGCAUGGGGGCCCUGUGUGAACCGGUGACUCCUAUAGGAGAGAAUGCCUCAGGUCCAACAGCAGGAAGAGAGCAGCUGGUCUUGGGUCGUGUUGCUGGCCACCGUGGUAGUCCAGGGCCUGACAUUGGGCUUUCCUACUUGUAUCGGUAUCUUCUUCGCUGAUCUCCAGCAUGAUUUCCGAGCCAGCAACAGCGAGACAUCCUGGUUCCCCUCCAUAAUGAUCUCGUUACUCCAUGCUGGAGGGCCCAUUUGCAGUGUGCUGGUGGAGCACUUUGGUUGCCGAGUGACAGUGAUGCUAGGGGGAGUCCUGGCCAGUUCAGGCAUGGUGGCCGGCUCCUUCUCCCGCUCCCUUAGCCAGCUCUACAUCACAGCCGGAUUCAUCACAGGCCUGGGCAUGUCCUUCAGCUUUCAGGCAGGCAUCACAGUGUUGGGACACUACUUCUCCUACCGCCGGACGCUGGCCAAUGCACUGGCCUCGGCUGGCGUCUCCAUCGGGAUCACGCUCUGGCCCCUGCUUUCCCGACACCUCCUUGAGGCCUUCGGAUGGAGAGGCACCUUCUUGAUCUUUGGUGGGGUCUUCCUUCAUGGCUGCGUCUGUGGGGCCGUAAUGAGGCCCGUGGCUCCUAUGGCUGAGUCGGCCAGUCCCUCACCCAACAAGGCCCCUGAAUCGGGUUGUCUGUUGACUUGUGGUCGGGCUGUGCAACGACAUCUGGCCUUUGAUGUCUUCCUCCAUAACCAGGGCUACCGCUUCUAUACCCUGGGUGUAGUAUGGAUGCUGAUGGGCUUCACGGUGCCCCACAUCUUCUUGGUGCCCUUUGCCUUGAGUCACAACGUAGAAGAACACAAGGCUGCUUUGCUCAUCUCCAUUAUUGGCUUCAGCAACAUAUUCCUUAGGCCCAUGAUUGGGCUGGUGGCUGGACGCUCAAUAUUUGCUGGUCGCCGUGUGUACCUUUUCACCCUGGCGGUCUUGUUAAAUGGACUGAGCAACCUCAUUUGUGUCAUCUCAGCCAGCUUCUCUGUAUUGGUUUUCUAUUGUUUGGUGUACAGCGUCUCCAUGAGUGGCAUCGGGGCUCUGAUCUUCCAGGUGCUCAUGGAUGUUGUGCCCAUGAACAGAUUCUCCAGUGCCCUGGGCCUCUUCACCAUCCUUGACAGUUUCACCGUCCUUAUAUCUCCUCCACUGGCUGGUCUACUUUUGGACACGACUGGCAACUUCAGCUAUGUUUUCUACAUGUCCAGCUUCUUCCUCAUCUCAGCUGCAUUCUUCAUAGGCCUCAGCUUCUUCCUUGUGAAGAAGAAGGAGAAGAAGAAGAAGGAGGAGGAGGAAGAGAAGCAAAUGAUGGAAAGAGCCCGUGAAGAACCUGCUUUGGAAAAGGACCUCAACCUGAGAUACACAGAGGAGCCUGUGACUCAGCCACACUCAAAAGUCACAUAUGUGACAUAUGUGACAAGCGUCUGAGCCAAGGAGCUCUAGGGUCCAUAGACCCUAAGUUCUCCCUGACUCUGGGUCUUCUUGUGCUAGCCUUCACUUAACUACAUCUCUCUGGUCUCUCCCCACUCAAGGGCCAAUGAAGCAUUAGCUUCUUGAGCUCUUAGCCUGUGAUUGGAAGGCUCCUCGAACCCCUGGCGCUCUCCCCUUGAGGGGACCAGAAAAAGGAAUUUGCUGUAUCUUUUCCCAGUCCCCUGCCUCUCCCACCUCUUGGGAAGGGGCAGCAAGGUCCACCUCAGAGAGAACUAGGGGAGGCUCUGGGCAGUGCUGAGCAGAGGGAACCAGACUGGUUCUAGCAGAGACCAAGAAAAACAGUCUGUUUGAAUUACACACAAGGACAUUGUUUCCUGGAGCAGCUAACUAUAUAAAGCUCUUUGAACUAAUGAAGUGAAUUAAUGAAGCACAGAAAAAUAGGUGUGGGGUAAGUUUUAUAGCCCUUACCCCGCCCCUUCUUUUUUUUUUUUUCCCUCCUCUUGGCAGGAGCAGUCUGGGUGGAAUUUUAUUUGUUUAUUUGACUGGAUUGAAUUUCCAAAAAGAAGCUUUCUCAGGGACCUUUAAGAAUUGAUUUUCUUUGCAUGGCCUGAACUUACUCUCUGUCCUGCUGCAUGCAUGCAGGGCUGGAGUGCCAUGGCCCUGAUUCUGCCCAGCAGGGGUGAGUCAGUGCCCUCAUUGGCACCCCACCCCCUCAUUGAGUGAAUGUGGGCCCUUCUUGGGAGCUCCCUGCUUCCAUGUGCUAAAAUCCCACUUCUCCCCUGCAUUAUAAGGCAGAGAUACUUCAGGCAUAAGCCCCUGUAUUGAACUAUUUUUCCCGAUAAGGCAGAGAGGAAUUCAGAUUCCCAGGAUAUUUGUUGUGUGCCAGGCAUUGUGCUAGCCAUCAUGGAGAAUGCAAAGAUGGGUAAAAGACUGUCAGAGAGAAUUAGGAGCUCUCAGAGCUCAUGAUGUAACAGUAGGACAGACUGGGAGUCUGGCAUGGGCCAGCAGGCACUUACAUUUGCUGCUAAAUACUAGGCCUUAAGGGCUUUUUUUUUUUUUUUAGUGGCCCCCUCCCCUGCAAGGUCAGGAGGCAGCUAAGUGACUAGGUGGAUAGA